AUGGGUGUGGCCAUCGAUCCAUCUGGAUUUGGCGUCUAUGUUGGCAUGCUGCGUCGUAUUGCCAAUCACGAGAUGAAAGAGAUGAAGACGCACGAGCAACAGCUGCAACGUGAAGUUGCGGAAAAGCUGUUGCGAAUCACUAAGGAGAACUUCAGCGACGACGAUCGACACCAGGCGCUGAAAGAACUGCUCGAGCAAACUAAUGGACGGUCGAGUCAAGAGGAGAACGAUGAAGUUUCGCAAAAUAGACGUCAAGGCAAGAAGGGCAGUACGCAGUCGCUCUCGUUGGAUAUGCUGCUCACGCGCGUUAUUGAUGCCAAUGUGUACCUGGACAAUGCACUGCGUCGUAAAGCUGCGGAGAUUGCGGACACCGACCCGAAGCUUCGCAAUCAGCUGUCGCGGUUUUUGACAUCGUCUCAAAAGAGCCGACAUCACUCGAGACUCAAGGUCGUGACAUGUGUUGCUGAGACUGCGCAUGUUUCUUGA